CUCUCUCUUGUAGUCUUGUGUUGACUAUUGAGUGUUGAGCCAUUGACAUUGAGGUCCUAAUUUGGUUGCACGAUCCACUCUAAAACCAAUUUCAAACUCACAAAGUACCCUCAAUGUCUUUACGCAGACCCCCACUUCCUCGCCUGCUUCUCAACAACGUUUCUUGCAUGAGAAACGCCCAACAAAUCUUACGCCAUACAAACAUAUCCAUUCAUGAUGGUGGGGCCCUCGUACUCACAGGCGCAAACGGCUCCGGCAAGUCCACGUUCUUACGUAUGCUCGCCGGAUUCUCUAAACCGUCAUCCGGGGAGAUCCUGUGGGACGGUCACGACAUAACCGAAUCAGGUGUUUUCCACCAAUACAAGCUUCAACUCAACUGGCUCUCAUUGAAAGAAGCCAUAAAAAGCAACUUCACAGUUCUGGAUAACGUUCAGUGGUUCGAAGUUCUUGAAUAUAAGCAAGGCAAAUCKUUACCAGCUCUCGAGUUCAUGGGUCUAGGCCGAUUGGCCAAUGAGAAGGCUCGAAUGCUUUCGAUGGGUCAAAGAAAAAGAUUGCAGCUUGCAAGAGUGAUGGCGAUGGAYAGACCAAUCUGGCUGCUGGAUGAACCUUCAGUUGCUUUGGAUGAUGAAGGKGUGAAGCUUUUGGAGCAGAUGAUUGCAGAUCAUAGAAGCCAGGGUGGAAUAGUAAUUGUGGCAACACAUUUACCUAUUCAGAUACAAGAUGCUAUGAUUCUAAGGYUGCCUCCCAGGUUUCCAAGAAGGAUMACUUUGGUAGACAUGCUUCCACAUUGACAAAUUUACCCUUGGAAAAGUUUAAUUUAUUAACUGUAAUUGUUUCUUAUUAUAUAAUAAGUCCACUGCUACUUUUUGGAA